AUGGCUCUGCUUGACUUGCCAAACGAACUUCUACAAGUUAUCACACAAAUCCUUGAAUCACAAAGAGAUAUCAACGCUUUAGCACAGACGAACCGUCGCCUUUACUUUCUUCUCAAUCCCUACCUUUAUUCUUCAAACAUUCGACAUCAUAACAGUUCAGCCAUGGUGUGGGCGGCUGAGCACGGUCAAUUGCAAACAGCCCAAAAGUUGAUUUGCCAAGGGGUGGACGUGCAAUAUCAUACCAAUCUUGGUUUAGUUCCCCUUAAUCUUGCGGUCUUCAACGGGCAUGAGGCUGUAGCAAGACUUUUGCUGGCACAUGGGGCUGAUCCAGAGAAAAAGGGCCUAUUUGGUCGCACCCCACUGCAUGAAGCAGCACGCCGUGGCCAUGAAGCAUUGGUCAGACUCUUAAUGGCUCAAGGCGUUGAUCUGGAGCCUGAAGAUUCAGAUGGUCGAACCCCAUUACACGUCGCAGCAUACGGUGGCCACGAAGCAGUAACUAAAUUGUUACUAGAGAAGGGCGUUGAUCUGCAAAUGAUGGAUUCCAAAGAUUUAUUGGGUUGCACACCACUGCUAUACGCAGCACAGGGAGGCCAUGAGGCAGUGGUCACGCAUUUGCUAGCAAAAUGGGUUAGCCUAGAGUCUCGAGAUUCAUAUGGCCGCACUCCACUGCAUCUUGCGAUAUGCAACAACCAUGAGGCUGUGGCAAGGCUCUUGAUAGAAAGCGGCGGCAAUAUGCAAUCGGAGACCCAGAUGAUCCCAAGGCCAUGGUACCACUGGCUGGGGUAUGGUUAUGAAGCAAAGGCUAGUCGAUUACAGCUGAAUGCUUUUGGUCUAGAAUCCAAAAAACGACAAUACAUGGAGCAGCAUGUGAUUGCUUUAUAA